UAUUCUUCCUUUUUGAGUCAUUUUAAGUGAUCAUUUUUGAUUAAGUGGAACUAUUUUGAGUAAAAUAAGUAUAACUUAAAAAAAGCAAUUUAAGUAGGCCUACAACUUAGCCUAAUAGAAAUAAGUAAUUUCAUGUUCCACUUUUGUGAGUAGCCUAGUUCAACUAAACCUUUUUGAUUAAAUGUAUGAUGUGUAAAAGUAAGCAGAACUUUAAAACAUAACUUUUUUAAAAAAGCACAUAUAUAUCAGAUAUAGUAGCCUACAUGCUCAAAUAGCCUACAGUAAAAUGUCGAAGUGCUUCGCCAAAUAAGUAAAAUCGAUCACAAAGAAAUCGCAAUCAUAUUAAAACAGUUUCAUCUGAAAUGCAUUAGACUUUUUGUGGAAAAACUAAUCAGUGGGUACCUAGAAGUUUACAUGCACUAAAGGAAGAACCUUUAAAAAAAACUAGUAACAUGGUUUUGGUGGGCCGCAAUUGGAAAGAGUAACGUUUAAAAUCAGAAAAGAGUAACGUUUAAAAUCAGAGACAUUCCCCCCGCCCCCCGGAAUUCAGCCGUUUGGUCGAGCCCAGCGGGCGGGAAGCAACUUCAAACAAACAAAAGCCAACAGAAAGCCUCAGCAGGAAGUCACCGCCUUCGUGGAGUAGUCUGCAUCAUUACACUUGCCACUUACUGUUGCUGGUCCAAGAAUGAUCUGGAACUGUAAGUUGUGCACAGCUUCUUUCACUUCCAAAAUAGAGUUAUUUAGACACUACAGGCUGCAGCAUAGCCACUACUCUACAAUCAGCCCUCUUCCAUGUCUCUACGCGGAUUGCAUAUGUACAUUUCUGACACUUGCAUUGAGUACUCAUUUGUCAAGAUAUCACACAGCCUAUCGGUCCCACAGAGCAGAGUCAAGGGCCUGUGGUAUUUAAAUGCCCUUUAUACACAUUUCAGCAAACCUUUUCUCAAGCAGAUGUGUUCAGUCAUCUCAGAAAGCAAAACGUAUGGCAUAUCAUCUUGCUGCACCAUCAUUUUUCAGGCCAAAAACUCCAGCAUUGAAUCUGUUCUGGUUUCAGCUCUACCAGAGGUUGCUCAAGUGCACAUUAGAGAACAAACAACUAGUGAUACAAUCUACAAGACAUCAAAUGUGACUGUUGAUGGCACAGACUAUGUCUGUGGAAUGUUUCUGUCUGUAGGAGUCAGCGGUGGACUGUCAACAUUUUGCAAAAUAGAACAGAUCUUCCUUGUAAAUCACAAUGUAUCUUUUCUCUGUUGUGAUUAUGACUCCUGGUAUGUAGAACAUCUACGGUCCUAUGAGGUGACAACUGCAAACACAAGCCUGUCGAUCCACCUGCAGUCUGGUCUGAAUGAUAGUCCCUCUUCCAGCAUACAAGAUAGACGGCUCGCUGCUGCUAACCCUCAAACGGUUCAUUCAAGUGAGACAGAACUAAGUAGCACAAUGGCAGCUGCAUCCCCUGAACCAAUGAUUCUACGUGUUGUUGAGCCAGACCAGGCUAGAAAAUUAAAACUCAACUCACGACCAGCCUCUGUUGAUGCACUGAUCAAUAUUCUAAAAGAACAGCUGGACAUUGACCUUGACUUUGAUUUACUUUAUGAAGAUCCAGACUUCGAUGGAAAACUUACAUCCCUGAAAGACAUUGAGGAAUUGCCACAAAAAGCAGUUGUGCACAUUUCACUUUCACAAGACUCCAGUUCUAUUGCAUCUACUAUUCUGCUUUCAGAUGUGUCCUCUCCAGAGCGUCUCAGCAGGUGGCCUACGGGACCUUUUCCAGUUCCCACCUUUGCUUUUGAUGUUGAGCUGAAACUUAGAGAUGGGAAUGCGGAAUAUGAGAAGAACCACACACCCCUUAAAGUGACAAGAGACCUAAAGCAUGACAUUUUAGAAAAGCUUGCAUCUACUAUAUAUGGUUUUAAGGCUUACGCAAGUGAUAAAGACAUCACAAUGGCUGCUGAGGCUCUUGUAGCCAAACAUCCCUGCCUGAAGGAAGCAGGAUCUGAGAGUGGCUGGAAUGGAUGGAAAUACAGCCUCAAGUUCAAAAUGGGCAAUUACAGGAACAAGAUGAGGCGUGCUGGAUGUCAGGAGGUCACCGUUAAUGCUGGAAGAAGAAGUAGAAGUAAUCCUGAAAAUGAACCUUCACAUUCCAACAUUAAAAGACCCAAGCGAGCAGAAGUGAACUUCCUACCCAACUUUGCCCAAGGAAAGGAUCCUUCAAGCCUUGAGGAGUUGAGGCAGACAAUUGUUGAGGAAGUCAAGAAGACUGAGAAGGACCUGCCCCUCAUUAGAAAGAUGAUGGAGACCACAUUUCCCCUACGCCGACAGACCAUAGUGAUGUCCUGCCCACCAGUGAACGAGCUCAUGAACCUCUGGCCUGCUCUCAAAAUAGAAUCUGAGUUGUAUGCAGAGUUCCAGCGGAUUACGAAUCAGAACCUGCCCAACACAUUCUAUUCUGAGCUUGACCGCCAUCUUCCUCGACUGAUGACCUUAUUCAGACAGAAAGCAUCAAAAACUGGGAAGACCGCAGAUGUUCUCACUGAAAUUUUAAAAAUCCACGAUGAACAGGAAAUCCAUGACAUCUUCACCAAGCGCACUACGGCUCUCCGAGCCCUUCCUGUGUAUCUGCGCGAGGACGUUUCUGAUUUUUUCAGAACCUGCACAGACGAGUCUGAUGAGCCAGAGCUUGAUGGUAUUGCAGUGGGCCUCCUUACUGUCAUCAGUGACCAUGACGCAGUCCAAAGUCCAGUUCACUACCAACCUGUGAGAGUCUCUGUCGUCAUUGAAAGUGAUGCCGUGGUCAGCCUCCCCAGACUUGGCGAAGCCUUUCUGGUAAUCUUUGGACUGAUCUAUGCACUACACCUCAGCUAUCCCAAAGCACUGACCAACACUUUUGAAUUUAUUCAAAAGAUUUUACUUGGUCUAGAAGGUGGCAAACUGUCACCCAAGUUGCAGACCCUCAAGAAUGACUUGAUGUUGUAGAAACUCAACUGAAAGAAGGUUGUAGGGUUACCAGACUAGUUCAGUUUUCCUUUUGUCUGCAUACUGUAAUGCCUACUAAGUUACUGCACAGGUGUUAAGCUAAUAGGCCCAAAAAACACAAUAUGCAUUGGUUCUCAUUAAAGUGAUGGUUUGGAGUAAAAUUCACCCUAGGUUAAUUGCACCAUGACAACCAGUCAAAAACGUUGCCACUAACGUAACGUGUUUAUCUGCUUAAUUACACCACUAAUAAUUCCUGUAAUGUUACCACACUUCUUCAGUAGUACACAUAGGGUCUGUACUUGUGAACCAAGGCAUUGGAAAGUUUGUAAGUACACCACAUUUUGUUAAAAAUAGCACUUACCUACUAGUUUCUGAUCUUCUGCUGCUAGCUACCGUUGUGCACUGCUUUUACUCACUUUUUCUGAAACGAGGAAGUGGUGUCUGCGCAGUGGUAGCUAGCAGUAGCAGAGAGAAGAAACUAUCAGGGCAGUGCUAUUUUUAAUAAAAUCUGAUAUACUUACGAACUUUCCAAUGCCUCGGUUUAUGAUGACUUACGGACCCCAGGUGUACUACUGAAGAAGUGUGGUAACAUUCCAGGCAUUAAUAGUGGGGUAAUUUACCAGAUAUACACGUUACGUUAACGCCAGUACUAACCUAAUCAGCGACUAGACCUAACACGAAUGUUCGACCAUUGCUAAAAAACACUAUUUGGUUUGGGGGUAUUAUCGGGGGUAGGGUUAGGGGGUAUUAUUGUGCAAUUAACCUAAUUUUACUCCGAACCAUCGCUUUAAUAUAAUGCUUGAUACUGUUAAGUGAGGAAGAACACAUUUUGAAAAAGUAUAUAUUGUUUUCUAUUUUUCAUUUAUAAAUGUUUAUUAUUUAUUUUUCUAUAUCAUUUUAACAUUGCAGUGUGAAAAGGGAGCAGGCAAGAAAAUCCUGUUCAAUAGCAGAUGUUCACUGACUUGACUAAGUUAACACAAACUAAUAAACAUUGUGUUUAGUCAACAUGAAAA